GGUGAGUUGACGCAAUUUUCUUAGAGCUUCCCCAAAUAAAAUCAUAAAGGAUGGCAAAACAAGGACUUCUGGUACUUUUCCUUUUGGCAUUGUUGUGCAAGGUGAUGUCUAUAAGAUCACACCACCAAAGCACAAAAGACCCAAUUGAUGGAAGCUUUUGCUUGAGUUGGAGAUUGGCAGUGGAGACAAAUAAUGAGCUUCCAUGGAGAACAGUUCCAAAUAAAUGUUCACAAUAUGUUGAAGAUUACUUGAUUCAUGGGCAGUAUGAAAGGGAUUUGGAGUUGAUAAUGGAACAAGCUUUGAAUUAUGUCAAUGGUAUAUCCCUUGUUGGUGAUGGCAUGGAUGCUUGGAUUUUAGAUGUUGAUGACACUUGCAUCUCCAACAUCUACUAUUACAAAAGCAAGAAUUAUGGGUGUGAGCCAUAUGAUCCACCUGCGUUUAGGGCAUGGGCAGUUAAAGGAUGGUGCACAGCAAUUCCUCCGGUAUUAAAGCUAUUUAACAAGUUGAUAGAUAAUGGAUUUAAGGUAAUACUCCUGACUGGAAGAGAUCAAGAAUCACUUGGUCAAGUUACUGUUGACAAUUUGCACAAUCAAGGAUUCAUUGCAUACGAAAGACUCAUUAUGAGGACAGCAGCAUAUAAAGGGCAAAGUGCAGUAAUGUAUAAAUCCAAUAUAAGGAAGCAAUUAGAGGAUGAAGGUUACAAAAUAUGGGGAAAUGUAGGGGACCAAUGGAGUGAUCUCCAAGGAAACUCUUCCGGAAACCGUACAUUCAAGCUCCCUAAUCCUAUGUAUUUUGUUCCCUAACUUCUUUAAUGUAUGUUGGGACAAUUGUUAAUUUAUUUCAGCAAAUAUAAGUAAAUGUUUUUAUUUA